CGUCCCGGCUGGGCUUCCCUCUCCCCCCACCACGCAGAAUGAAUCCCUAAUACGCGCAUCAGAGGGAAAAAAACUAGCCAAGGUCAUGAACUAUGACCUCUGAAGGAAAGAACGUGGUACUAAAAGCAACGAAAUAAGGGUUUUUUUAAACAGGCCACACAAGCUCGUGUCCAGGUCGGCAGAGCACUAGUGCAGUGUUUCAGGUCACACUGCAAGGAUCACCGGUGAUGACUCAGAAAAUCCAGAUAAUUUCCACAGACUCUCCUGUUUCUUCCCCUCAAAGGAUUCAGAUUGUGACUGAUGAACAAACAGGACAGAAGAUACAAAUCGUAACGGCUUUAGAUACAGCUGUAGCCUCCAAACAAUUUAUUUUGGCCAGGCCAGAAGGUAGAGGUGAGGCAAAGGUGAUACUGGAAGAAGGAGACAGCCCAGUCCAAGGUAAACUUGUUCUGACAACACCGGAAAGCUCCAGUUCAAAGCAGCUAAUCCUUACCGCUACAGAUGGUACUGUACCUCAAAGAUUUCAGGAGAAGGGGAAUGCAAAUACAGAAUUUGAGAAGAUGGACUGUGAAGGUCUUGAACAGAUUGAUACAGGAACUAUGGAGAUAGUGACAGAAGCAGCUGCAGUAGAACAUUUGUUACUAAAAACAGAAGUACAGCGGUCACAGCCAGUCGAGAACUGUGUUGUGUGUGGAGACAAAGCAUCAGGGCGUCACUAUGGUGCUGUCAGCUGCGAGGGUUGUAAAGGAUUCUUCAAACGAAGUGUAAGGAAAAACCUGACAUAUAGCUGCCGUAGCAGGCAAGAUUGUAUCAUCAACAAGCAUCACCGCAACCGCUGUCAGUUCUGCAGGCUUCGGAAAUGUUUGGAGAUGGGAAUGAAAAUGGAAUCUGUUCAAUGUGAGAGAAAACCAGCUGAGGCACAACGAGAGAAACCAGCAAACUGUGCAGCUUCCACAGAAAAAAUCUACAUCAGGAAAGAUCUGAGGAGCCCACUCACAGCCAUGCCAACGUUCAUCACAGGCAAAGAAAGUGUAAGCCCGAUGAAUCUGUUUGAAUCAGGAACUUUGGUGAAUAUUCAGCAACCGUUAAUGCAGACAGACACGGCUGGUGUUCUAGUGGCUGUGGACUCAAAGCCUGAAGCAAGCCAAGGUGAUUUGGGUACACUGGCUAAUGUCGUCACUUCACUGACACAAAACAUCGGCAAGGGCAAAGAGGAUUCACAGAGCCUGGGUGACCUGACAGCAAUCGAAGCACUUCAUAAUGGAGACAUCAAUAUAACAGAACUGCAGCAAGAGGACCAAUCUACCAAUGAGAUUACACGGGCAUUUGACACUUUGGCGAAAGCACUGAGCCCUACGGAUGGAAGCACUGUGUCUGUUCUGAUGGAAGGUUUGGAAGCUUUAGGAGAAACUAAUAUCCAGCUGAUGAGCAGAGACCAAUCGAUGCCCAUUAUAGAAGUGGAAGGACCUUUACUGACAGACACCCAUGUGAUCUUCAAGCUGACCAUGCCCACCCCGAUGCCCGAGUACUUGAAUAUCCAUUACAUCUGUGAAUCUGCCUCCAGACUUCUCUUCCUCUCCAUGCACUGGGCCAGAUCCAUCCCAGCAUUCCAGGCUCUAGGUCAGGAUUGUAACACCAGCCUGGUGCGAGCCUGCUGGAAUGAGCUGUUCACUUUGGCCCUGGCACAGUGUUCUCAGGUCAUGAAUCUCUCUACUAUCCUCACUGCGAUUGUAAACCACCUGCAGAGUGGCCUGCAGCAAGGUUACCCCAGUGUGGAGCCAGGUUCCCCAGACGAUGUGGUGACCCCAUUGGAGGAUCCCAAUGAGAGGAAGCAGACAGAGGGACGUUCAGGGGCUGUUGCAGAUAAGCUUUCUGCAGACAGAGUGAAAGUGGUGAUGGAACACAUUUGGAAGCUGCAGGAGUUCUGUAACAACAUGUCCAGGCUGGGUAUCGAUAGGUUCGAGUACGCGUACCUAAAGGCUAUCGUUCUUUUCAGUCCUGAUCACCCAGGUCUCAAUAGUACCAGUCAAAUUGGAAAGUUUCAAGGCAAAGCACAAAUGGAACUGCAGGAUUAUGUCCAAAAAACAUAUCCUGAAGAUAGCUACAGAUUGGCUCGCAUUCUUCUCCGUCUGCCAGCUCUUCGAUUGAUGAAUUCCAGCAUCACGGAGGAACUCUUCUUCACUGGACUGAUAGGCAAUGUUCAGAUUGACAGUAUCAUUCCUUACAUCCUGCGAAUGGAAACUGCAGAAUACAACAGUCAAAUCAUUGGCACUUGACCCCAAGGAACAAACUCUUUUGCUCAACAUAAAACAUGGCAGCUCCAUCAAUGAGAGGCGAGAGAGCAGAGCACAGCUUGGACUGCUCUGUCAGAAAGCAAAUAAUAUCUACACUGCACACCUGGCUCCUUACACACCCUAUUCACUGCAGUCUCAGCUCACUGAAUAUUCUGCUGCCAACACACUCCAUAUACCAUAUGCUCUGUUCACUGUGGGGACUCCACACCCCACACACUGUGCACCGUGCAUUCACCAUUUGCCACUUCUCUGCUCCCAACAUACUGCACACUCCAUUCCGCACAGACCCUGUUCACUGCAGACUCCAGUUCCUACAUGCCCAGUUCACUUCAGACUCUGCUCCCGACACACCCCGCUCACUACAAACAGCAACCCCGACGGACUUAGUUCAGUGUGGACUCUGAUCCCGACACAUUCCGCACAAUGCAAACGUUGAUCCGUACAAAUCUUGUUCACUGCAGACAGUGAUCCCUGCACAGGCCACUCACUACAGACACUGAUCACAACGUACCCCGCUCACUGCAGACACUGAUAAUCCCACUCACUGCAGAUAUUGAUCCCUACGCAACCUGUUCACUGCACACACUGAUCCCGAAUCAGCCUGCUCACUGCAGACAAUGAUAACUAAGCACCUCACUCACUGUAGUCACUGACCCCUGCACACCCUGCUCAUUGCACUCACUGAUCCCUACAGUUUCUGCUCAUUGCAGACACUGAUCCUUACACACUCUGCUCAAUACAGACACUGAUCAUUACAAACUCCUGUCACUGCAGACACUGGACCCUCCACAGCCCGAUCACUGCAGACACUGAUCCCUACACACCCUGCUCACUGCAGACACUGUUCCCUACACAUUCUACUCAAUGCAGACACUGAUCAGUACAAACCCCAGUCACUACAGACACUGAUCGCUACACACCCUGCUCACUGCAGACACUGAUGCCUAAGCACCCCGCUAACUGCAAACGUUGA